AUUGGUUAGUUCCGUACAGUCAAGCAACUAUUGCGUUUAUUACAUUAAAAUACAAAGAUGGACUGGAAUUCUAUGCUGUCUUGCGCUCAAGAGAUUAAUAAAGAAUUCACAGAAAGUUUUGAAUUAACUAUAAAAAGUAUUAUUUUUAAUUUUAAUCGAUUGCCUUUGGAAGCUCUUUCUGAAGAUUAUAGAUAUAUAAUAGGAAAGAAACUGUCACCUACAUUUUAUCGCCUGUUACAAAAUCAAAAACUCUACGAUGUUAUAAAAUCGCUACAACAUGCUCCUAGUAUAAAAGAAGAUGUAACAGGAUUCUUUACGGCUUACGAAUGCUUCUUUGCGUAUCGUAUUCAACUCGCUAAGCAAGAGUUUGAAUCAAAAGUUUCUAAACUGGAAACUUCCGAUCCUUUCCUAAAAUAUUUGAGACCGACAAUCAUAUGUGAUGAUCAUUGGGAUAAGGUUAAUGGACUAUUAUUACAAAAAAUUAAUCCUUAUUAUACGAAUUCAUUCGAUUUUAAUGGUAUGACUGCAAAGAUUUAUUUUGCAGUAGAAUAUCGAAUUAUGUAUAUAAUUAGAAGAAUUUUCGAAGAUGCUCAAGUGAUAGAAAAAUCAAAAAUACAAUUCGAAGAUACCUCAGAUACAGAUUAUAGCGUUGUGUUUACUAAUCCCAAUUACCAAGUAAAUUAUAGUUAUUUAGAUAAUCCAUUAAAAAGAAAAAAUGUUAGAAAUAGCACAAUAGGAAGGGAACGUGAAUCUAAAUUAAUAAUAACGUUCAGUUCCGCUGGAAUUCUUUCUACAAGAACUGAUUACGAUUGCGUAAGUUUUCUGAUAAUGUUUGAAACGAUUGCAAAUUGGGUAUUUGGUAAACAACGAAAAUAUGCUCAAUCUAUUCCUUUAACAUUUGCAAAGCAUUUCUUAAUGGAAUAUCAAACUGAAGAAAAGAAAACUUUAGGUUGGUCUUUUGAAAAUCUAAUAUACGAUUUAGGUGUAACUAUACGUGCUGGAGUUGAUAUUCGUACUAAAUUCUUAAUUCAUUCAAAAAUUAAACAUCUAGAUGAUCAAGAAAUCCUUAAACUUGUCUAUGGACUUUAAAUUUUCUUCUAUCAUAAAGAGAAUCCAUAUUGGAAAGCAAGCUGUCUAAUGUUCACUAUUUAAUUCUUUAAUGAUAUUUGUAGAUAAUGAAACUUUAACUGUUAAUCCUUCUAAUUGAAAAUAUCACUGAAUAAACGAAUGGGCAAGGAAAAAAUUGAAACA